AGACGUCAAUUACAGAGUUUAUGCUUGGUUCCUUCCAACCCACCCGCUCUCCCCCCGAGUACCAAGAUGGCGGCAGAAGGAGCUGGUGGGAAAUACAGAAGCACAGUCAGCAAAAGCAAAGACCCCUCGGGGCUGCUCAUCUCUGUGAUCAGGACCCUCUCGACCAGUGAUGACGUUGAAGACCGAGAAAACGAGAAGGGGCGCCUGGAAGAGGCCUACGAGAAGUGUGACCGAGACCUGGAUGAACUGAUCGUGCAGCACUACACAGAACUGACGACAGCCAUUCGCACGUACCAGAGCAUCACAGAGCGCAUCACCAACUCCCGGAACAAGAUAAAGCAGGUGAAGGAGAAUCUGCUUUCAUGUAAGAUGCUGUUGCACUGCAAACGAGACGAACUGCGGAAGUUGUGGAUUGAAGGGAUUGAACAUAAGCAUGUCCUGAACCUGCUGGAUGAAAUCGAGAAUAUCAAGCAAGUGCCUCAAAAGCUGGAACAGUGCAUGGCGAGCAAGCACUACCUCAGUGCCACCGACAUGCUGGUGUCAGCAGUCGAGUCUUUGGAGGGCCCCUUGCUCCAGGUGGAAGGCCUGAGCGACCUCAGGUUGGAGCUUCACAGCAAGAAGAUGAACCUUCACUUGGUUCUCAUAGAUGAACUGCACCGGCACCUUUAUAUCAAGUCCACGAGCCGAGUUGUGCAGCAGAACAAGGAAAAGGGGAGGAUGAGCUCCCUUGUGAAAGAUGCUUCUCCUGUUCCUCUACUUGAUGUUACAAACCUUCCUACUCCUCGAAAAUUCCUCGACACCUCUCAGUAUUCUACUCCGGGAAGCUCAAGUGUGAAGGAGAUAAGCCUCCAGGACAUCAAGGAAGAUUUGGAAUUGGAUCCGGAAGAGAAUAGCACUCUUUUUAUGGGCAUUCUCAUCAAGGGGCUGGCCAAACUGAAGAAGAUUCCAGAGACAGUGAAGGCAAUCAAAGAACGCUUGGAGCAGGAGCUGAAGCAAAUUGUGAAGAGGUCCACAACCCAGGUGGCCGACAGUGGCUACCAGAGGGGAGAGAACAUCACUGCUGAGAACCAACCAAGGUUACUUCUAGAACUGCUGGAGUUGCUGUUUGACAAGUUCAAUGCUGUUGCCACUGCACACUCUGUAGUCCUGGGAUACCUGCAAGACACUGUUGUGACUCCACUGACGCAGCAGGAAGAUGUCAAAUUGUAUGACAUGGCAGACGUGUGGGUGAAGAUCCAAGAUGUUCUGCAGAUGUUGCUGACUGAGUACCUGGAUAUGAAAAAUACGCGUACGGCUUCUGAACCAUCAGCGCAACUGAGUUAUGCCAGCACUGGACGAGAGUUUGCAGCCUUUUUUGCCAAGAAGAAACCUCAAAGGCCAAAAAACUCUCUUUUCAAGUUCGAAUCAUCCUCCCACGCCAUCAGCAUGAGCGCCUAUCUGCGAGAACAGAGAAGGGAGCUGUACAGUCGGAGUGGAGAACUUCAAGGGGGUCCUGAUGACAACUUAAUUGAAGGUGGAGGAACAAAAUUUGUCUGCAAACCAGGAGCUAGAAAUAUUACUGUCAUAUUCCAUCCAUUACUAAGGUUUAUUCAGGAGAUAGAGCAUGCCCUGGGACUUGGCCCAGCCAAACAGUGUCCUCUUCGAGAGUUUCUCACCGUGUACAUCAAAAACAUCUUCCUCAAUCAGGUCUUGGCUGAGAUCAACAAGGAGAUUGAAGGGGUCACGAAAACAUCCGACCCCCUGAAGAUCCUAGCUAAUGCAGACACCAUGAAGGUGCUGGGUGUGCAGCGGCCUCUCCUGCAGAGCACAAUCAUUUUGGAGAAGACAGUGCAAGACCUCAUGAACCUGAUGCAUGACUUGAGUGCUUACUCGGAUCAGUUCCUCAACAUGGUGUGUGUGAAGCUCCAGGAAUACAAAGACACCUGCACUGCAGCCUACAGGGGCAUUGUCCAGUCGGAAGAAAAACUUGUCAUAAGCGCAUCUUGGGCGAAAGAUGAUGAUAUCAGCAGGCUCUUGAAAUCUCUUCCAAACUGGGUUAAUAUGGCUCAACCCAAGCAGCUGAGGUCCAAGAGAGAAGAGGAAGAAGAUUUCUUAAGGGCAGCCUUUGGCAAGGAGUCAGAAGUACUUAUUGGGAACCUGGGUGAUAAGUUAAUCCCUCCACAAGACAUCCUCCGUGACGUCAGCGACCUCAAAGCCUUGGCCAACAUGCAUGAAAGCCUGGAAUGGUUGGCAGGUCGAACAAAGGCAGCCUUCUCCAACCUUUCCACAUCCCAGAAUCUGUCUCCUGCUCAAGAUAACCACGUGAACAUGGAUCUCCCUGCGGUGUCAGAGCAGAUCAUGCAGACCCUGAGUGAACUUGCCAAAUCUUUCCAGGAUAUGGCUGACCGCUGCUUGCUGGUCCUACACCUAGAAGUCAGGGUUCACUGUUUCCACUAUCUCAUCCCUCUGGCGAAGGAAGGGAACUAUGCCAUUGUGGCCAAUGUGGAAAGUAUGGAUUAUGACCCUCUGGUGGUCAAGCUCAACAAAGACAUCAGCGCCAUUGAAGAGGCCAUGAGUGCCAGCCUCCAGCAACACAAGUUCCAGUAUAUAUUUGAAGGCCUAGGACACCUGAUCUCCUGCAUCCUUAUUAAUGGUGCCCAGUACUUCAGGCGCAUCAGUGAGUCCGGCAUCAAGAAAAUGUGUCGGAACAUUUUUGUCCUUCAGCAGAAUUUGACCAACAUCACCAUGUCACGGGAGGCAGACCUGGAUUUUGCAAGGCAGUACUACGAGAUGCUCUACAACACGGCCGAUGAGCUCCUGAACCUGGUGGUGGACCAGGGCGUGAAGUACACGGAGCUGGAGUACAUCCACGCCCUGACCUUGCUGCACCGCAGCCAGACGGGGGUGGGAGACCAGACCACCCAGAACAUGCGGCUUCAGCGGCUCAAGGAGAUCAUCUGCGAGCAGGCGGCCAUCAAGCAAGCCACCAAGGAUAAGAAGAUAACUACAGUGUAACCGCCGCCCCGUGGAAGGGGGACAGGGGCACGGCUUGUUUUUGUCUCCUUAGUCAUACUCCUUUCUGGCUGUGUUAUUGGGUGUAGUCUGAGCUGACUUAGUUUUCUCGACACGGAUGCUCAAGUGGAGAGAAGGUAGAAGGAUUUUUUUUUUUUUUUUUUUCCGCUUUGGUUUUGGCUUUUCAUAUAAACUCUCAAGGGAAUUUGCAGUACAGAAUGUUGGGAUCGACCGUUUAUUGGAAUGCCGUCCAUUGCAAAGGGUCCGGGGGUGGGAUGGGAAGGAAGGUUGUGUGACAUUGGACUCAGAACAAGAUGCAUGCACGAUUACUAAUGCCCAGCCGUUUCGGAUAAGUAUAGAUUGUUGCCUAUGUAAACCUCUCAAUAGGGUUCUAUUGCAUAAACAGUAGGGUUUUUAUGCUCUUGACCUUGUCCAUUGACAGUUCAGUGAAGCAAGUGCAUGUGCAUUGCUUUCUGUCACCAGGGCCCAUGGCUUCUCAGCUGGCGGUAGUUUUCAGCAAAUUUCCCCUUUGGGGCUGGGGGGAGGAAGUCCUCUUAUGUCAGACCUUGGGAGAGUCUUGUAUGCAGUAGCCUGGACACAGCUUAUGGAUUGGUUUGAUGCCUUUUUGUUUUUAUUUCUACUGUCUUAAAACUGAGAACCAGGAAAUGAAUGAUGAAAAUGCAAGAACAAAAGGUAAUUCAACCCUCUUCCUGAUUUUUUCCUCACUCUCCAAGAGAAAAUGAUUGUUAGAGAAUUUUUAAUCUCACUGGAAAGAUUGUCUGGGUGUGACUGGUUCUUAAAUGCUCACCCUCCUUAUAAGCCCCAGGGUCUUUUUUUCUUUUCUUUUUUUCUUUUUGUCUGUUUCUUUCUUGCAUGUGUGUGUGUACUUUUUUUUUUUUAACAUAUUUGUUGAAUUAACAUAUAGUUGAUUUACAGUGUUGUACCAAUUUCACCCAAGGUCUUUCUCACCUUAGAAGGUACCCAAACUGGGUGCAGGGAAGGUAAAACCACCACGAUAUCCUUCCUCUGUGCAGCCACCAGCUGAGGAUGUUUCUGAGGUAUACUGGGCUGGCGCGGGAGCACGCUGCUCCUGGCACAUUUGCCUUCCCCACUGACCCCACAUCUCCAAGCCUUCUUGCUGCCUCUGGCUGUCAUAUCACAGAAGAAAGCAAUGCACUGACUGGGACACAGCUUGCAAACACAGGCAAGGGAGAGCUGAAAGAACUCGGACCAGAUGAGGUCAUAUCUCAUGAUCUGAUGGUCCAGAAUUUCGCACCUGUUUGUUCAACUUAGGUCUUGGUGGGAAAAGCAGAAAAUUAAAAAAUAUUUCGAGAAGCGUAGGUGUCGUGUAUUGUUUCUCUUGUGUUUAUUCAGCAAACAUUCCCUGAGAGCCUUACCCAAUGCUGCUGGGCGUGGGAGCAGAAAUAAGAUAAUGAGAACACUCUUUCCACCUACAUCGAAGACAGCAUGGGAUCUGGACUCUGACCCAGAUCCCAAGAGGUGUGCACUUGGGGCUGGGUUGGAAAUCAAGCCAGUGGGGUAGCUGUGUAGGGACUUCAGCAGGCAGCUGGAGGACAGUCUUCCAGGGGAUUCGGGAAGGAGUGUUGUAAAUCUAUGUGGCGUCAGAGGCCCAGGUGGGAAGAAGCUGAAUCUGUGUGGGAGACCAUCAUGGAAAAAUGUCCUAAGCAGCAUUGCUGGAGGUGAUCUCCCUGGAAGUGGGGCGGGAGGCAGGAGACAGGGGGAGGUCAGUGCUGAUCGCCGUGGCCGUGGCCUGUGCCCAGAGCUUCCGUGCCUUGCCCCUGCCCUCUUCUGUCCUCCCUAGAAAAACAACCUUGGAGUGGUGACAGGAAGGCCAGAAGAGCCAGGGGUGGGCUGGGGGAGUUUAUAGGAGCAUUUUAUUGGCUCUGGAAAGGGAUGUGGGUUUUGACAGUCAAAGGCCAAGAUCACUGAGAACCAGCGGACAAAUGGUGAACAUGCUGCUUCAAGAGAUCAUUUCGGAAAGUAGACUCCCUGCUUUGCUUAUAGUAAUGACGGGAUUGAAAAAUGGUGAUUCUGCACAGAAAAAACAAUCUAGAGUUCUUUUUCCAAGACCUUCAAGGCCCACAUUUCUAUGCAAGAUGGUACAUCCGUCAUUAUUCGCCAACUGAUCAAGAAUAGCCAUUGCCACAGUCCGUGGGUGGUCAGGUGGAUGGAGAUGGCACAGCCACCUCAGGACCUGCCUUCCCUGGGGACACAGUGAGGAUUUCUUCUUGUUAUGGUCCUAGUUUGGGGAUAUUCUGUGUGACUGCUUGUGUGCUGCUCGAAGCCGUGACCGGAAAUCGCUAGAGAGCGCCAGACCCCCCGCGGGUGGAGGCCAGCAUGUGCUCACACCGAUAUGUAGCCACAGGAGUUCAUUUCCAGCCAUGAAGACCACUCCCCAAAGGUCCUGUUGCAGCUUAAAGGGUCAGGAAAAUAGGCCUCCCCAGAAAGGGCACUAAAACAAAGCAAACUCUUGUCUUUCUCUCCUACGAGGUGACAAGGGGGAUCAACAGGUGUAAAACACGACUGUCACAGCACCAUGGAGAAGGCGCACGAGGAAGCGUCCUGAGGUGGACAACAGACAGGAGCAAGAGGAGGGAGGACUGUGGGGCGAGGUCCAGCCUGGUCAUCAGAGAACUAGCUCCCCGAGCUCCAGCAACCGAGAGAGCUCACUUCUCUCUGUGUCACUGUCAUCUACUCUCUGGUAAAGUACCACACGUUGUCCCAUUCUGUACUCACAGCAACCGUGUCACCCAUACUACUUUCUUUCCUCGUAUAUCCAGGGGAUCAGAAAAUACUAAUGGCGUCUCUCCCAACUUAGCACCCCUUGGAAUAAACUCCGCGAAGCAGAGGUACUCAUUCAGAGGAUCGGAUCCAGCGCUUGAGAGGUUUUUGUAAAUCAAGUUGUGUUCCCAGAACUGCUGAUUGUGGUUUCUCCUUCUGCAGGGUUUUGUUACUUUUAAUUCUCUUAUUAUCCCUUGUCACUGGACCUCUUAAUUUAUAAAUAGUAUUCUGAUACUGUGCCCUUUCACCCCAGGAGCCAUUCAUUGAUACCUGUGCUAUGCAUGCAGUUUCUCUCAGGGACGUUCACCCUAGGACCGUGCUUUUAUGCCACAUUUACAAUGGGGCUUUUUAAUCUUAUUGCCCGAGUGGAACGUUUCCUUCCCGCAUACGAUUACAUCUCUGCUGAUUCACAAGGAGCAAGGUUAUAUGUUCCUCAUGCAGCCCUUGGCCGAAGAAGACCUGCUUCCAGGCUAUGAAAGACAAGAUCAUGUUGGAGUGGCCAGGUCAGCUCAAGUUCUGACCUGAGGAUCAACCCUAGGAUCAGACCUAAGCUCCCACAGCCCAUACCCUUGAGACAAUCAGUCAUGAAGAAUCUGGUGGGGACCCCCCCCCACUUGGAAUUACUGCCCUCUGUAGAGUGACCUCGUGCACAGACUCCCCAGCCUCUCUCCAGAACCUCUCCUUCUUGCCGGAUGCUUUCUCAGCCAGUCAUUAUUUAUGUUUCAGAUAGCUUGAGAAGAAAACCACAAAUACAGCCAAGUUGAAUUGGCAACCAAAGCCUGAUCAUUCUUACUGUCAGGUCAUAUCCAGGAAUGUCUUAGCACCAAGGUAUCCAUUGUCAGUCCAAGAGAUAUAAUUGCCUGUUAUGGCAGUAACAAAUCCUGACACGGAUUCAUGCAAUGGCCAACAAAAGAGACAGUCCCUUGUGACGAGGUGCUGGUACUUCCACUCUGAUGAAGAGUCACGCAACUUCCACUCCGGUCUUGUCCUCCCCAGAGCCCAGAUUACCUAAGGCUACCCUUCAUUAAGGAUUGAGAACUGAAAUCUUCAGUCCAACCCUCCGCUACUCUUUUUGCCUUUCUUGUAAGCCCAGGACUGUAUCUCAUUGUUUGCUGUUCCCUCCUUAACUAGCAAAGUACCUGGAAGUUGAUGGAACAAAUGGAUUCCUGCCUCAGUUCCUAGGAAUGUACCAAGGCCAUUUGCAUUCAGCAGUCGUGCCCUGAGAUAGCGCUGUGGCUGGUUCCCCAGGACCAGGGCACGGAUAUUUCACAGUCAACAGCGGGGGUUACCAGGGUUUCACACCAAGCCCUCCAUUGGAGGCAGACGUGAUGAGGAGACCAGCAAAGUGGCGGUCCUUCUGGCAGGAUGUGAAAACAAGAAGCGAACUGAUCAACACAAUUUUGCUUGGAAAGCAAAGCGUGUGCAGUAAUACGCACACCUGGGCGCAGCUGUCUUAAUGUGGCAGGGAUGCACAACAAACCGGGCAUCAUUUGGAGGGAGGGUAAUGAGGGACCAAGAGCAAGAAAACAAAGGAUGACUGCGCUCCGCGAAGGUCUCGACUCCCUUCUAAUUAGGCACAGUUGUUCUACGAAGUACGUAAUUAAUAAGCGUGUGACCAGAUGCGAAGUACAGCGGCGGCUCUUCCGGCGCUGGACGUGGUGAUGAAGUGUGCACAGCUGGAGGUAGUUGUUCUAAUUUGGCGGAGGCAGAAGGCCCGCCUGGAGUUUUGAGGAGGUGCAGCGAGAGCCGUACACCUGAAAGCAGCUCAUCCUAUUCCGACUGGGCCGGGGUGUAAUGAGAUGGAGCUAAUUAUCAGGAGUGUAAUGAGAUGCCAAAGCCCCUGGAGUUGAGCUGGAAAUUUCAAAGUGAGCUAAGCUGCAAACCCAAGAGAAGAAUUUCCACCGAUGGAGCCGGGUGUGAGUAGGAGGAAGUGUGCCUGAUUGAAAGACCUGCCUUCACGCCCCUGAGCCGAAGACUUCUGUCUGAAACUGCACAGGAUGCCAGGACCUUCCCCCACCUGGAGCAGGAGUCCCUGGGAACCUGAGAACACCAUGACCUGGAAAAGCUGCACAUGGAUUUCUUUUAAUGUGUAUAUGGUUUAUUUAUGUCCACACAACUGAAAAGAAAUCAAGUCAGGUGCUGUCGCGUGAGUGUCGUGGCCAUUAUAUUCCAUCUCAUUUAGAAAUGUGGCCUCAGAUUCCUGCUGACUUUGCAAAUAGAUACUCCAGGAGGAGAAAAAUUAGCAACCUCCUCAUCUCAAACUUCUUUCAUUACCUACCAGCCACAUUUUCUUUCACGAGGAUUUAUUUACCGCCAGAGAGCAGGAAACCCCUUAAUACCUGUUUUCUGUUCACGGUUUUUAUUUUACAGUUGCUGUUAUUUUAGACACCAUUUAUUGAACACUGAAUAUGUGUGAGAUGCUGUGCUAAAUGCUUUACCAUAGACUUCCAUUUAAUCCACAUGCUGGAGUUCCUCCCAUGGCUCAGCAGUUAACGAAUCUGACUAGCAUCCAUGAGGACCCAGGUUCGAUCCCUGCCCUUGCUCCAUGGGUUAAGGAUCUGGCGUGGCCGUGAGCUGUGGUGUGGGUGACAGCCUCUGUGCGGAUCCUGCAUUACUGUGGCUGUGGCAUAGUCCGACAGCUGUAGCUCCCAUUCAACCCCUAGCCUGGAACCUCCGCCUGCCGCAGAUGCGGCCCUAAAAAGCAAAAA